UUUAUGGGAGUUGGUCACACUAAUUUGUGUUUUGAAAUUUGAAUUAUUGCUUUUGCUCAGUAUUUAUUUUAAGUAACAAUAUAGAUAAUGAGUGAAUUAACUGCUACCAAUCUAUUUGAGUCUCAAACGAUUGUAGCUGACCACAAAGACCUAAUUCACGAUGUGGCCUACGAUUUUUACGGCGAACGGAUGGCCACUUGUUCCAGCGACCAAUACGUUAAGGUUUGGGAUUCAGAUGGCAAAGGUGGUUGGCGAUUGACAGGCAGUUGGAAAGCACACCAUGGAUCAGUGUGGAAAGUGACAUGGGCACAUCCAGAAUUUGGGCAGGUUCUAGCAACAUGCUCAUUUGACCGUACAGCUGCCAUAUGGGAAGAAGUUGGUGAUACAAAUGCCACAGGGUCAGAGAAAGGCCUACGCACAUGGGUGAAGAGGUCCAAUCUCGUGGACUCACGGACCUCAGUCACAGAUGUCAAAUUUGGACCUAAACACUUAGGAUUACUUUUAGUCACAUGUUCUGCUGAUGGUAUAAUAAGGAUAUAUGAAGCACCAGAUGUGAUGAACCUUGCACAAUGGACAUUACAACAUGAAAUACCCAUUAAAGUGUCAAUCAGUUGUCUAUCAUGGAACCCAACGUUAUCCAAGGUGAACCCCCCAAUGCUGGCAGUGGGUAGUGACGAGCCAAACACAACAAAUGCGGUCGCGAGCGUACAGACAGACAAGAGUACGUCAUGCAACGGAAAAGUUUUUAUAUACGAAUAUAGCGAUGCGUCGCGACGGUGGACUCGAACCGACUGCCUGUCGUCAGUGCAGGAGCCGGUCAACGAUAUAGCGUUCGCGCCAAACCUGGGACGGUCGUUCCACCUACUCGCCGUCGCCACCAAAGAUGUCAGAAUCAUCAAAAUAGAACCGCUAGCUGAGUCAUCGAAUAGCAACGGGUGUGGGGUUCGAUUCAAGACGGAGGUGAUGGCAGCGUUUGAGGAGCAUUAUUCGUGCGUGUGGCGAGUCUCCUGGAACGUGACCGGCUCACUGCUCGCCUCCUCCGGGGACGACUGCUGCGUGCGCCUUUGGAAGAUGCAAUACUUGAACCAGUGGAAAUGUGUAGCGGUGUUCAAGAACGAAACCCUGGCUGGAGACUCCCCCGCGCAGCCGCGCCCGCACACCACCUACAUGCGGAUGGCCACAAUGGCCAACCCCUCACACAUGCCCUUCCACUGACCACCACUGAUCUCAACUGCCCAUCAUUGAUCACUACUCAUCCCCACAGAUAACUGCCCGAUAACCCUCCCAUAUGGCCUUCCACUAACCACCACUGCCCAUCAUUCAUCACUACUCAUCACCAUUGAUCACCACUGCCCUCCCUUCCAUGUAUAAUAAGUCGCAUUUAUAAAUUUGUGAAUACCAAUAAAGCCUUUGUUAUAA